AUGAAGAAAUGCCAGUCAAUAGUUCCACCACCGAACGAUCCAUGGUAUUCUCCUGAUAUGAACAUUACUGAUCCAUCCCAUUCUGCUGCUGAAAAGUCGGAAUUUAGCAGCUCUGAAUAUCAAAAAAUGGCAAAAGCAUUAAAUGAGCUUUGGGAAACCUUAUGGAAUAAAGAAGAAUUGGAUCUUGAAGUUUUAAAUCAUGAUGGAUUAAAAGAAAGAUUAUCUGAACUAGAAAUUCCUAAGCACGCGACUCAGCAAGCGUCGUUAAUUGGCCAUAUGGAAAAGUCUGGGCUUUUAGGUGUUUCUAAAUUGGUAAACGGUCAAAAUCCUAGUAGCACUAUUAUUGCAGAAUUUGGGUGCGGUCGUGCUGAGCUUUCGCGUUAUGUGGCCAGAUCUCAAUUUCUAACAUUGGCUGAAACUAACGAAAAUCAGCGCACUCAGUCACAUAGACCAUUUUUUCUAGUAGACCGUGCGGGUCCCCGAAUGAAAUUUGAUACAAAAAUAUUAAAAGACUACCAAUGUGAUAUUGACAAAAUAUUAGCAGAAGAAAAAGAAAAAUCAUUUAAUAAAGACAUAAAGAUCCCCCCGCCUUUUGUUAAAAGAGCCUUAAUUGAUAUUAAGGAUUUAAAUCUUAAUGUCGCACUCAAUAACCUUUUCCCUAAUGAUUUGAAUUCAGAUGUUGUAGCUAUUUCUAAACAUCUUUGUGGAUGUGCUACGGAUCUCACGCUUCAGUGUCUUGCAAACAAUACUUCGACCUUAAAGUCCAUCGAUAAACCUACAAUGACACACAAAUUAAAGGGUCUCGUAAUUGCACUUUGUUGUCGACAACUCUGUACAUACGAAACAUACCCUCUUGUUGGGCGUAAAUUUCUUAUUGAUAGCGGAUUAAUCACUACGCCAGAUUCUUUUCGAUUGUUAACUAAAAUGACGUCCUGGGCACUUUGUGGAAGGAGAGAUGAUAUGGCAACUGAUGAAGAAUCAGUCCAAAAUCACUUCUCAGGGUUGAGCAUAAAAGAGCGAGAAGUUGCUGGGUUUCUUGCCAGGAGGGCUAUUGAUCAUGGUAGACUAUUAAGUUUAUGUGACAUGGGAUAUCAGUCCAAGCUUAUUAGAUAUGUGAGUCCAGAAACUUCACUAGAAAAUGUAGCUUUGAUAGCUCAAUAA